UGCAUUGCCGUGUUGCCCGAGCUCAGCGCUUUGCACAAAGUUUAUCUUCAAUCAGCAACUUGCAUAAACGUGAACUCCAAAGCGAGAGAGGUGAGAUGCAAAAAAAACCCCACAAAACUAAAUCACAUGACUCGAAUUUCCGACUUUAUGCUUACUUUGUGGGAGUCUUGGGGACGAGUAACUUUUUGCUCAACUGCACGGAGGUAACUUUGCUGUAAUGAGACUCACUGAUCUGCAAACUAAACUAUGAAUGUUUAGAGUGCUCUUUCACUGAAUGGCAAAGCGAACUACAUGGCGAUGAAUUCCUUAUCAUCCAGCUACGACUCCUGUUCGGAGAACUCCAAUGAGAGUUACUUCGGAGAAACAGAUAACAGACAGCUUCUCGUUUUAGGAACUCUGCCGCGGAAGUACAAACAGCUUGUUUUGACUAGAUCAAACUCUUUGGCUGAUGCAUCAGAUUUUAAAAAUAGAACCAUGAUUGUUAUAAAUAAGCAAGAUAAUGAAACUUUUGGAUUUGAGAUUCAGACACUUGGGAUGAACCAGAAGAAUGCAAAUACAAUGGAGAGAUACACUUUUGUCUGCAAGGUCCAUGAUAAUAGUCCAUCUCACUGCGCAGGGCUGAAGCCUGGCGAUAUGCUAAUUAACAUAAAUGGUAUAGACACUGAAGGAUUUUGUCACCGAGAAAUUGUCAACCUAAUUAAAUCGUCUGGCAAUAUAUUAAGCCUUAUGACUGUCAAUAAAAAUUCUGUUAAAAGAGGUGAACUUGAAGCAAGAUUGUACUUUUUAAAGAAAACACUUCAAGAGAAAUGGGUGGAGUACAGGUCACUUAUGUUACAAGAACAACGCCUUGUUCAUGGAUUCUUAAGGAACAAUGAGUCAACAGAAUCUUCUGAGUCUAUUCUGUAUGGUGAUACGACAUUAUUUGGGUCAACAGUACGAAACAAGGAAAGGUUUUCUAGUGACAGUAGCUGUCGGAGCCAGCUUAGCCUAAUGACUGAUGACAGCGAGGAUGGAGUCUUCCAGCCUGGGAUGUCUGAUGACUUGAUCAUUGGGAGCCACUAUAGGCGAAGCAGCAUGGACGAAGAUUGUGUCUUCCACAGAGAUACAGAAGUAUUUACGCCCAAGAGCCAACUGAGCAGGAGUAGGAGCAUAAGUAUGACCAGCAGUGGGAGUGGUCAGAUGUCUCCAUCAUGGGACUUCCACAGAAGCUGCGGGACAAUGCCUCGAAAAGGCAAGAGACCAAGUGUCAGGAAGCGCCUCAUGAAGUUCAUUCCAGGUUUAAAUAGGGCAGUGGAGGAAGAGGAGAGUCACUUUUAGAUUUGCAUAUCAAUAAUGCAAUACUGGUCCUGCUAGUUUUAAGAUAGCAUUAAGGAGUAAUAGGAAUCUGUGGCAUUAAGUGAUCAAAGUAUCUCUGUUGCAGACUACAUUUAUGACUUUUAUGGAAGUUCAACAAAUCCUCGAGAUAAAAUGAUUGGAAGGUUUUGUAAGCCAUAAUUUCAUAUUUUACACAGAGAGGUGCUUCUUUAAGAUUGUGACUUUAGAAGAAGUUAUCCUUGAAAUACACAGCGCCCUUUUUACAUCUAAUUAUCUUUAACAGUUUUGUCUCAUUGUCCAAAGUAUACAGGAGAAAGCAAGAUAAAUAGGGGUAAUUUGCAAAUAUUCCUCCUUUAUUAACAAUUAAAUUCAGAACCACCAUAAAACUCUUCUCCAGGGAUCCCUUGAAUAACCCACUUGCUCGUUAUAUGACGUGGGUGAUCAUGGUCUUUCCAUGAUCAUGAUUGUUCUUGGCAAUUGGAUAACUGCCCUUAAAAAAAUCAAACUGAAUAGUCAGCUAAGUGACACAACUAAGCUGUGUAUAUCAAUAUGCCUGAGAUUCCGGCAUGAAAAUUUGAUCCAGACAGGUCUGGGUGAAUUGAGUGGUUUACGAAGAUAGCAAACAUUCAAUUAAUACAGGAGUGAACAUCUUAAUUCUCACUUGAUACUGUAAGAACAAUACUGACAAUCUAUCAAUUGUAAUUUGUAUCACCACUGCUCUUAUAGAGCAAUAGCUUCACAGAAGUUUCUGGAAGCUUUGGGAGAUGAUUAGAGUUUGCUUAGUGACAUUAAGUGCCUGAACCAUUCUAGAUGCAUGCAUUAUUGGCUAUCUGCACCAUCCAUACAGAACUUUGUAGCCAAGAAACUGUAUUCAUUAAAAAGCAAACCACUGGGCUGAUGUGCAUGCAUAAUACUUGCACAAAAAAAAGCAUGUUGCAUUUCUCAAAGUUACUGUGUCUGUUUUAAGUGGAAAUCCUGACCACUGCGAUAUUGAGUUGAGUACUUCCUGUUGCAAUUCACCCUAGCACUAGUAUAAUUUCUCAUUAGUGUUUUGUGCUGAAGAUAAUGUCAUUUACGUGCUUAGUUUGUCACUCAAGGUGAAACAGAGCAAAGUGCGCAGCAAAAUGGAACCAUGUCUAAUUUAAAAAGAGUUCCGACCAAGACGCUGGUUUAGCGUUGAGCUCUCAGUUGAUUCCAUCUUUGCCUGCAUUUGACCAGCGUUACUGACAAAUAUCAUUGCAGCUGGGCACUUGAAUGCAAGAUGCUGCUACCUGUGACCCCAAUGAUCAGUGUGGUAGUGGCCCCAGCACAUAGGGCCUAGUUAGGCUGUCCUUGAGCUUGGUGGAAUGGGGGGACGGGGUGAAGCACUAUCACAUAUAGAUGGACACUGUUUAACCCCAGCUUCUAAAUUUCAUCCUCCCUCACUUUAUUUCUACUGGUGUGCUUUUAAGAACUUGAGUAUAUUGUUUGGUCUAACAUUUGAUACAUCAUUGUACAAGAUAUUGCCAUUGAUUAC